AUGGCGAAUCUGAGAAGGACCCGGAAGAGGGUUCAUGGAAUCCCUCGUGCUGCAGAUGGAAGUGCUUUUCAAAAGUGCAACACCUGUGGGGCUUCGGUGCCCAUUGCUUUGGCUGGCAUGCACGAAUGUGAUCUCAAUCCGAAGGUGAAGAGGUUCAAGGGCGUAUGCCUAGAUGUUCAGAAACAGAGCUUUUAUGACCAACUCAUAGUCAUAUCACCUUUUCAUUUCUUCAUGAAAGAGUUUACCAAGACCAGCAAGGCUGGAAAUUGGGUUGCCAUUAACCGAGAAGGGUUUGAGGCAUGGAAGAACAUGUCCGAGAAGGAGAGGCAGCCAUAUGUUGCUGAAGCUGAAAAGGUUGACAAGGCUUAUGAGAAAGCUUUGCUUGAAGAAGCAGAUGAUAAGCUAAAGGUAGAUGAUGAGGCAGAUUCAGCGAUGGCCGGGAACAAUGGGAAGGCUGGUGAGUUUUAUGGAGACUAUGAGAAUUCUGAUGGCACUGAUGAGCUUUGGGACAACUAUGGUAGAGCUGGAUCCUGGCAGACCUACGCUCGGCCAAUAGGGUAUGAGUUUCCCUCAGGCAAAUGGAGUACGAUUUUUGAAGACUCUGAAGUUUGA